UCAACAGGAUCAAGCCGAGACAAACCUGGCAGGCAGUAGGACCCAGAUCUGCACAGACUGCAGAAGAGCUUUCACUUGUAAGAAAAAAAUGAAAAUGUGCCUCCACACCCUAAAGCCUGGGAGGAGAGAUGUUUAACUGCAUUCCUGUCCUCUAACAACAAACCAGCCAAUGCGUCUGAACCCUGGAUCGGCUCUGAAGAGUGAUUCGUAACGUCUCUGUGGUCAACAUGACGACCCAGAAAGAACCACAGAAGGAGCUUUCAGACCCGGGCAAAUCGUCCGGGCCCAACUCCUGGUCUCGGGUCACCUGUCCCUGCUGUAUUUCCAGUCACAUAGAGCCUUUGGUUUUGAUCCAACUGGCUGAAAAUGUUCAACACAUCACCAAACAGUGGAUCAUGUCAACGAUAUCGGCACCUGGGAAGAAUGGAGGGGCGCAACUUUUAGUCCAUCCAGGUGAGGACAUGAAAGGGGACAUGAUAGUUGUGGCGGCCCCUCGCUGCACUCUUCUCAGGGUGACCGAAGACCUUGGGCUCUGUAAAACCUACCAGGAUGGCAACAUGACAACAUUUUCCUAUGAUGACAAAGACAGCUUUCUUAACAUUGACAACAUGCAGAAAUUCUUGACGCUGGCAGAAAGGCAGUACAUCGUCAAAUAUGAACUGGAUUCAAAGAGAGCCUUGGAGGACCAGCGUAUCCCAGGGAUCCCGGCACCCAAAGGGAAGUUGAAAGCCAGAGAAAGCAUCUUACAGAGGCUGGAGAAAGUAGGUGUGAUUCGGAACAUCACACCACUACAUGACCAGAAGACGCUGACAGCUUUAGGGAAAGAGUGGUACUCUCACAAGAGUCUCUGGGGUCAACCACUAGAUGGCAUCCAGGCUUAUUUCGGUGGCACUAUCGCGUAUUACUUCAGCUUCUUGGACUUCUACACAUUAUCGUUGUUUCCCCCAGCCAUCCUUGGCCUGUUCAUCACCUUCUUCCUCCCCAGCGCAAACUUUUCAGCUAACAACACGGCAGAGUCUGCGCAGUCAAAUUAUGAUGACGAUCCAGUGAGUUCCUACAUGGUGCAGGCUGUAUUCAGCAUGAUUUGGUCCACAGUAUUUAUGGAGCUUUGGAAAAGACGGAGCGCCACCUUAGCAUAUCGCUGGGGGACUUUUAAUUUAGCCGAACAGUUCCAAGAUCCCCGGCCGGGUUUUCGCGGAGAACUGGGCACCAAUCCGGUCACGGGACGACUGGAGCCGCUGUUUCCCGAUUGGAAGAGAAAGCUCAGGAUGGGUUUGGUUUCGGUGCCUGUGGUCGGGGUGUUUUUAGGCCUGGUGGUCUUGGGAAUGACGGGGUUCUACUUUUUCGAGCGACUGAUGUCAGGCUGGCACAAAGCAUAUAAUUCGUACUUCACAGCUGUCUUGUUGUAUUUUCCCUCCAUUGCCCAUAUAGUCUACACCAACAUGCUGGGGAAUGUAUAUCGUAAUGUGGCCUUAAAGCUAACAGAAGCGGAAAAUCAUAGGGAGGAAUCGGCCUUCGAUUAUCAUCAUACAACCAAAGUCCUCGUGUUUACCUUUUUUAAUAAUUUCGCUGUCCUCUUCCACAUCGCUUUCUUCAAAGAGGACAUUCCUCUACUGCGGAAGAGGUUAUCCUCUCUGCUGAUAGUGACUCAGCUGGUGGGUCAGUUCACAGAGGUGGUGGUCCCUUUCCUUGUGGACAGAUUUGUAACAUCUUCAGAGAGGAACCUAAAGGAAGACGAUCCAGAAGUCGACCACCUUCAAGCUCAGGGAAAUCUACCAACUUUCCCAGGCCUUUUUGCCGAAUACAUUGAGCUUCUGGUUCAAUUUGGGUAUUUGAGUCUUUUCUCCUGUGUCUACCCUCUGACCGCCCCUUUGUUACUGCUCAACAACCUUACAGAGAUUCGUACCGAUGCCUAUAAGCUUUGCAAGCUCUUCAACAAGCCCUUCUCUGCCCCUGUGGCCAACAUGGGUGUAUGGCAGCCUGCGUUUGAGGUGUUAAGCUUCAUAUCGGUCAUGUCUAACUGCUGGCUGUUGCUUCUGUCCCCGCGAGUGAGGGAUCUCACACAGGAUGCUGGUUUUAGCAGUGGACAAGUUCUUGUUAUUGCUGUCAUUGUGGAGCAUGCUCUGAUCGCAUUGAAGAUGAUUCUGGCCUUCAUCAUUCCCGAUGAACCUGAUUGGGUCCAAAUCAAGAGGGAACAAAUCGAGUAUAAUUCUAUGCAAGCACUCAAGAAGCAGAGGAUUAAGCGAGUCAAUGUGGGUGAUGCUCUCCCGCUGAAGACCAAAUCUGACCACUAACUUGCCAAAAGAGAUGAAGAACGAUUGAUGUAUUGCUGCUUAGCUGUAAAGCUAUAUGACUUAAACACUACUGUACUGUAUAUACUGAGCUUGCUGAUGCACCUUAUGACCUAGUUUACCAAAGACAGAUUCGGUACCGUUCACUGGAUUUUUAAACCUUGAUAAUUGUUUUUUCUUUAUGGUGCCUUUUUUAAGUCUAUGAGAUUAAGGCCAAGGAAGAUGAUAGUGGGUCAACAUGGAUAAUAUUGGGGCAGUUACCCAGACAGGGCUUAAGUCUAGUCCAAGACUAAAAUCGUUGUUUAAAGGUGCCAAAGAAUGCAUUGGAAAAAUUUGUUAAAUUGUUCUUUGAUAUUAAGGUAUGUAACUUUAUUAAGUGCAAAAAAUAUCCAGAGACGGUUUUACAUGUCCAUUUACAACUUUAGGAUUUGUCCUUUGAAUGAAAUGGUCUAUUUUUGCCCUAUUUGGAAGCGUCAUGGAUAAUAAUGUUGAGCUCUGCUCUGAUUGCUCUGAGGCUCAUUUCAGUAGCUCACAUUAGUAAACCGACCUCAUACGUUUGAGCCUGUAUCAGACGAAAAUACAGGUUUUGCGGAACGACUAAUUGUUUGGAAAUUAUUAAUAGACGUUUCUGAGUGGUAAGUUUAUGUUUUUUUUUCAGUAUGGACUUGCAAAACGUAACUGUAAAGUCAAUAGUAGAACUUUAGCUUAAACGUUAGCAUAUAGCACUAACUCAGCAGUCACAACUUUAUUUUUAGAAUUUUAACAACUUAGUACUUUAAUUUUAAUUUAAUGUGUAUUUUAAUGUUAUAUAUCUCGACUGUGACGUCACGUCUGUGUUAUGUUGAGAUUGGCCUGUUUUCCAGGGGCCUCAUUUAUAAAGCGUGCGUACGCACAGAUUUGAUUGUAAAGUCCCCGGCAAAGUCCAUAUUUAUAAAAACUGUCUUUGACGUGGAAAAGUGCUUAACGCCACGUCAGGGUCUGAGCAGACGUACGCACUUUUGCUUGUCUGAUUGCUGCAGGUUUUUGGAAAAUAAGCCAUUCUUGCUGCUCGAAAUUGUGUUUAAACAUUGACAAGCGCUCUUUUAUAUGUCUAUGACAUUAAUUAGCAUAGUUUAAAGGCGGAGAUCUUAAACUGCUCAGCUGCGCAAAAGUUCAAGAUCAUUUGCGAUUUAUACAUUUCACAUCUGAAAGAAAGGGGUACGUGCGUUUUCUACACGUAUGUUCGGUUUAUGAAUCACACAUACGCAUUUUUGAUAAAUUAUCGUAAGAUCAAAUGUAGGAUGGUUUUUACGAAGCAUUUUAUAAAUGAGGCCCCAGAAGUCUUUUGCUUGCACGAGGUUUACAUAAAAAUGAGGAAACAAUCGCAUUUGAGGCUCAGGAUAUAUCAUUACCAUGCACAGAGCUCUUAUUAUUCAUCGAUGCCUAAGUAAAUACAGUUUUUAUUCUAUGGCACCUUAAAGCUUUCCUAUCUGAAAACAGCUUGCACUUAUAUCUUAAAAUAUAUCAGUGUCAUUAUUUUUUUUUUUUUGUAAGGUUUGUUUGUAAGAACUACCUAAAUGUCCGAAUAAAACUAAUGCCUUGUCCUGGAAACUGCCCCAUUAUACUGCAUUUUUAAUCUUAAAAGGAUUCAAAAAUGAAUAUUGUGUCAUUUACUCCUAUGCCAAACAGCUAUACUCCAAAAAUACUGGGUUGUUUUUACCCAAUGGAUGAGUAAAUAUGGACACUUUCUACCAUGGGUUUACACAACCCAGCACUUUUUGAAGUGUAAUGACAGUGGAUUUCAAAUUUUUAAUAUACAAAAAAUAUCUAAAUUAAAAAUAAAAUGCAAAAAAUCUUUCUAGGUUAAAGGAAAACACCACCGAUUUUCAAUAUUUUACUAUGUUCUUAACUCAACUUAGACUAAUGAAUACAUACCUAUCUUUUUUCAAUGCGUGCACUUAAUCUUUGUACAGCGCGUCGUGAAUGUGUUAGCAUUUAGCCUAGCCCCAUUCAUUCCUAUGGCUCCAAACAGGGAUGAAUUUAAAAGCCACCAAACACUUCCAUGUUUUCCCUAUUUAAAGACUGUUACAUGAGUAGUUACACGAGUAAGUAUGGUGGCACAAAAUAAAAUUUUCUUUGGAGCCAUAGGAAUGAAUGGGGCUAGGUUAAAUGCUAACACAUUCACGCUUUACAAAGAUUAAAAAAAGUGCAUGCAUUGAAAAAAGAUGGGUAUGUAUUAAUUAAUCUAAGUUGAGGUAAAAACAUAGUAAAAUAUUGAAAAACGGUGUUGUUUUCCUUUAAGGUUAAGGGUCAGAAAAUAAAGCUCUGUUUAAAGCUCUGAAAAGUAUAAAAUAGGCAGCAAAAAGCACUUUUUGUGCUAUUUGAUAUGUGGAAUCAAAUGAGAUUUCAAAGAUAAAGGAGAAAGUGUCGAAUUGUGACUUGGUCACUAAAAAUGUUUGCUUUUUUGGAUUUUGAUGUUGUAUGAAAGUGUAAAUAUUCUUGUGCAUUCAUUGGAGGAAAGAAAAUCAUACAGGUUGAAAUGACAUGAGAGAAAAUUAUACGUUUUUUUAUCCCAUGUGGUUUUGUGUGAAAUUAUUUGAUGAUGAUUUUGUCUUAUGUUUUACAUUUCAUCAAAACUGAACUGUACAACUGUUUUUACCGAUGUAAAUAACUACCCACAUGUGGCUUCAGUAAACAUGCUAUGCAAAUGUCUAGUGGUAUAUAAUAGCCCUUGAUGUGCUGUAACAUUGAAUGCUGUCUAUGUCAUUGAAAAAGAUGUACCAAAGUCUUUCAUUAAAAAAACACAAUGACACACA